AUGUCAUACCUUGAACAAGAGGGUGAUGAUGGGUGGAAUGGAGCUGACCCCUCUUUCUCCUACUUGAUUAACGAGUGGUCACCUCCCCACGAUGUCUUUCCUUAUGAGACUGUUGAAUCCCCAUCGGUAUCCCUCACCCCGAAUCCUGUGGUCCCAACCACACCUGGCACGUCUUAUGCGAUGACCGAUGAUCAGUAUGACAAUGGCCCCUCGAUCGACGAGGAGCCCGCCGUCGAUACACCAGGUCUGGACAUCCAAGAUGCCGCGUCCGACAUCACUUCUGCAAUCAUGUCCCCUGAACAAGAGUACGCACCGGUCACUGGCCGUGGUAUCCUUCGAAAGCCUACAUCAUAUGGUAAAGCCCCGAUGAUUGCCAAAUCUCGCCAUGGUAGUCCGUUAAAGUGCCAGUGGAAGCACUGCGAAUAUACAGGCGGAUUCUCCCAGAUGGCAGCCCUUCUUCGACACAUCAAGACAAAACAUAUCUCUCCUGGCUUGUUUGAAUGUCACGAGGGAGAAUGCCGGAAGUCUUUCAACCGCAAGGAUAAUCUGGUCGCGCAUAUCCGCAGCAUUCAUCGCACCAAUAUUUGA